AUGUUCGACAACGUUUGCAGUCUCCCCCUCUCCUCCGACCUUUUCGCUCAGGCCGUCCAUCCCACCGAGCCCAUCGUCGCGGUCGGCCUGCUGACGGGCCACGUCGCGGCGCUGCGGCUCCCUGCCGCCGACGACAACGGCGACGCGAGCGUGCUCAGUGCGGCGACGACGGAGUCCGGGACCGGGACGAUCGAGACGAUCUGGCGGACGCGGCGGCAUCAGGAGAGUUGUCGGAGCUUGGGGUUCAGCGUGGAUGGGCGGACGCUAUUUUCGGCGGGGGCGGAUGGAGUGGUGAAGGCGGCGGAGACGGAGACGGGGGUGGUGAGGAGUAAGAUUGUGUUGCCGGCGGAAAAGAACUCCCCCAUCGACGCCGCCACCGUCCUCCACGUCCUCUCCCCACAAACCCUUCUCAUCGGCACCGAUUCCUCCGCCCUCCACCUCUACGACCUCCGCAUCCCCUCCGCCCCUGCAGGAAACUCCACCACCUGGUUCCGCUCCUCUAAACCCCAGCAAACCCACCGCCCGCACGCCCCCUCCCACAUCUCCUCCAUCACGCCCUUCCCCCCCUCCGACACCAGCACCUCCGGCUACAGCAAGCAAUGGCUCAGCACCGGCGGCGGCACCGUCGCCGUGACGGACCUGCGGCGCGGUGUGCUCGCGCAGAGCGACGACGUAGGCGAGGAGCUGAUGUGCUCGGCGUACGUGCCGCACUCCGGGCGGAAGGGGCGCGGGGAUCAGAUCCUGGUGGGGUCUGGGGAAGGGGAGGUGAUGAUAUGGGAGCGGGGCCAUUGGGAUAGCUGGGGGGAGCGGAUUAAUCUAGGUGGGGGGAACGAGACGGUGGAGACGUUCGCGGUGUUGCCCGCGGGGUGCGGGGGAGUCAAGGGGAGUGUGGCGGCGAUUGGGAUGGGAAUGAGUGAUGAUGGGUGGGGGAGGGUGAAGUUAGUGGAUAUCAAGGCGAGGAGAGUGGUGGGGGAGCUGUUGCAUGAGGUGAAGGAGGAUGUCACGGCGAUCGGGUAUGACGUGGCUGGCAGGCUGAUCACUGGUGGGGGGUGCGUGCUGAAGGUGUGGCAUGAGAAAGGCGAGGGCGAAGAGGAAGAUGAGGAGGAGGAUGAGGAGGGGGAGCAGGAGGAGGAUCAGGAGGCUACAGUCAGUGCCAAUGGCCACUCCAAGCGGGCUCCCGAAAGCGAGGAUGAAGAAGAUUCCGACGACGAUUCGGACAGCUCGAUGGAUAUGCCGUCCAGGAACAAACCAUCGCCGACGAAGAAGCCGAAGAGGAAGGGCAAUCUGCCCAACGGGGGGGUGGCGGAAUUGGCGUUUGAUGGGCUAGACUAG